AUGCUCUCACGUGUUGCUUCUGUGGAGGCACCCCGCACACACAGCCUUCGCCGCGUGACCGGAUCCAGCGGAAGGAGGAGGGAAGGAAGAGAGAGUGAGCCGCGGAGGCCCAGAAUGUCCCGGCAUCACUUCUGUUCUGCGGUGCUAAUCUUUCUUGUUAUGGUGAUGUUCUGCGGCAGAGGAGCUGCUAGCGCGGAUGUGAAGGAGUCAUCUUCUGUCCAGUUUAAAUGGGAAGGCAUCACUGACGUUAAGGAAGCUGUGAAAUCAUUGGGUGUUCCCGGACUUCUAAAAGUGGAGAAUGACGUAUUUGCAGUUGCUGAGGCGCAGUGCAAGAAAGAAGAAGAAGAAAACACCUUUACUGGUAUUGCAUCCCAAAUUCUCACGAAAAAAACUACUAAAGAGCCGGAGGAAGUUCUGAAGGAUGCCAAAAAGGACAUACAAGUUUUGGAGAAAGACGCUUCCCAAGGAAAGAAGAAAGUAGAUGUGAGCCGACCAACGACAGUUGGAAGGGAAGAGAGAUUUACA